AUGAGCACGAAGCAAGCUCCUGCUGGCCAAGGUGGAUCCGGUAUGAGCAGGAAAAAUGCCAGCGGCGCGUCCUCUGGCAGCCGCAAGGACAACCUGCCGCCGCGACGCCUUCAAGUCCACCUCGCCCGCAACAUCCCCGUCGAGCCCGCGCAGGCCGCCCUAAAGGAUGGCGAGCUGGACCUGCAGGCCUUUGUGGCCGCUCACGAAUUCGAGAUUCGCUCUCUCGAGCAGAGCAUGGCCACGUCCAAGGCCGUGGGGAGCUCGCGCGCCUUUCAGCAGGUGCCCCGCGGGCUGCGUCGACGCACGGCGAGCCACAACCCGCGCAGGGUGCCGCGACGGCUGCGCGCGCGCGCCAGGAAGGAAAUGGCAGAGGAUAACACGCCCAUGGUCCAGUCACGACGACGAAAGCCGACUACGACGCGCGCGCGGCUACGAGCGGAGACGGCGAAGCGGCUGCGGCUCCUGGCUGCGAGGACGAAGCGACGAAAGAUGAUUGCAAAGGGCACAAAGUUGGGCGACAAGGCGACAAAUGUCGUGCCGCAACGACCACGACCAAAGAUUCGAAGGAACCAGCUAAAUGAACCUCCCUUGCCGUCCUCUCGGUUCCGAAAGCGACAAAUACACAAGACUUGGCUGCCUACACAUCUUUGGCACGCCAAGCGCGCGAGAAUGACGCCGCCCAGCAGCCCCCUGUGGCGGUUUGCCAUUCCACUGACGCCUAGCGAAAAGAUUUAUCGACCGACUCAUCGAUCGCAAGGCGAACGAGGGACAUUGGUAUGGGAUACAAGUUACAUGAGCACCAUUGGCCUCUACGGCCACGAGGCUGGACUGUGUCGCGUGCUGAAGCGGAUUGGUUUCUGCGAUGCUGUAUACUGGAAUGAAAAGGGAAAGAAGUGGAUGGCAGGGACACGUUCACGAUCUGCCAUGAUUAGCAGGGACCACAGCGGGCGUCGACGGCCCAUGUGUCCUUGCACAGUUGUCUGGAAUCCUCAGCCUGCCGUGCAAGAACAGAGCAAGACGCAGCGGCAAUUAUUUUUGCGUAUACAUCCGUCUGCGUUCAAAGAGGUGUUUGACGAAUUGCUUCGACUGACUAAAACGGAAACGCCGCGUUUAUACAUAGAGGACCUGCGCUUUGAGAUUGGAAGCAUUGAACUCACUGGCCCAGCAUCAACAGAGGCGCUGCUUGCGGUGCUGACCCCUCACCCUACUGCAGGAAAAUCAAGUUUGAAUCAAGGACAAAUGUUUCAGUCUCUACACGGUCUAACAAACCCGGCGGCGCUGACUGCAAAUGCAACGCUGGCCUUUACUAUCCAGGAUCCACGCCUUCGAUAUCCACCUAGACGGUUUGAAGGAUGGGAUGAUACUACGCUGCAGGAGAAGCUCAUGGAAAGCAUUACGGAGUGGCCUGUAGAGCGUGAACUUGACAGUAAUCUGCUGUUUGAUAGGGAUGCCCGACACAAAGCCUCUGGGCUGCCCACGCAGCAGUCGAUUUGCAAGCGUAGGAGCGAGAGCGCGGCAGGGGCAUUUCUCAAGCCAAAAGCCGGCGAUCCAGAGAUACCAGUUACUAUCUUGGCCAGCCGAUCGGCUUCUGCAACACAGGCUCAGGGAUCUUGGACCCUGAUGCUGCCCUGGAAGUGCGUACUGCCAGUGUGGCAUAGCCUGGUGCACUGCCCUCUUAUAUCCGGAGGAAACCCCCGCUUCGCCGGAGUCAACGAGUCGAUGCAAGUCGCGUUUGAGCGCAGCGUACCCUGGUUCCCUGCAGACUAUCUGGGCACAGAUGCAGGAGCCGACUGGGAGCUGACGCAACGUGGCAAGCGCAGGAAAGACUACGACAAGCGGCCCAAGAGCAAGAGAACCGAAUGGUCCUCGCUCGACCUUGGCGCUGGUCGAAAAGGAGAGGUUGGCGACGGUCUAGCCUGCGACUUUGAGCUUGUCUUUGGCCUGAAGCCUGAAGGCGAGGAAUCGAGUCGUCGGCAAGCCGCAGAGGAGGGAGAUGCAAUGGAGGGCGUCGAGAUGACUGCAGCACCACCGUCUGCAUCGAGUGUGAACCGACUCAAGCUAUUGAACUCGGUCUCAAAAGCAGAUGUUCAGGCUCAUCUCGCUUCGACAGAGCGUCAAGCCCUGCCAGCCAAUGCAAUCACCAGCGUCCACAUCAGUGUUAUUGGCCGCGGGGUCGUAACGAGCUGCGCUCGCAUAUACCGCUUGCCCAAGCCGUCAGCCCCAGCACCUGCAUCGUCUAGCGUUCAAGUGCCUUCAACCGUCCCUCACGGCACCUGUCCGAGAACGCUGCACCGGCUGCCAUGUGACCUCCGAUCGCAGUGGCUCUCCAAGCUUGCUACGGAGAAAACCUCGUCAAAGCAAAAGGGGUCUCAUCAUCAUCAUCCCAUCGAUAUGCACGCUCGAAAGCGCUUGCUCGCGCAGACGCUGACGGCGCCGCAGACGGCGUACCCGCCACCGGCGGCGAACCACGACAGCAUCGACGGCCACCAUCCUCUUGUGCCCGACGCCGAGGAUCUCAUUGGGUUCGUCACGUCGGGCUCAUACAACAUGGCGCAUGGAAAAGGCACGGCGGUGGGUGCGAUUGCGGUUGAAAAGGUGCUCUCGGAUCUGCGGACGGUGGUGACGCCUAAAGAGGCGAAGCUGUGCAUUGUGCGAAACGCUGGCGAAAAUGUUGGCUGGUUGGCGAGAUGGGAGCAUGUAUAA